GAUGAUUUUGCUUCACAACAACAGGUUACCAGGUUGUAACUUAUAACAUUUUAGCAGAGUUUCUGACUGCGAUUGUAGCCUUUCAGUCAGCAUUGUUUGCAUGCAUUUUAGUUCAAUGCAUGUUCUGGCAUUGCUGCUUGACGGUGGGUAAAGUUAUGUCGUUGGCUCGUCUCUGCGAAUGAUAACAUCUUGAUUUGACUAUUGUGGAGAACAGCAUGCUUUGACCCACCAUUAUAGUUAUUGCCGUUAAAGCGGGCAUUUACACUAAUACCAGUCAAAUAGAAUAGUCUCUGCUAAUAUAACAAGUUUGACUGAACGCGUGUUGUCGAGAAUGGACGUGUUUCGCUGUGUGAGGUCCCUCACAGAGCUCCAGGGUCAACUUCAGAGAGCCAUUGCAAUGCAGGAGAGGAUUCAGAAUGAUCUGCUGGCCCAUCUAUUACGCCCUGAACAAACCACGCCAACCCCUCCAAACGGCUAUGGAACCAGUGAAGAUAUUGAGGCAUGCUUUGCUGCACUUGAGGGUGCUGCCUGUGCCAACAACAUCCCUCCGUCGGAAUGGACCAAACAGAUCAUGAACAUUGUGGGUAUGAAAAUGACUGAUGAUGGGCUCAAGCCCUCACAGCAGGAUAACGAGUAUGAGCUCCUUAAAGACCAUUUGUGCAGUCAAGCAAGAAUGGCUGAGGAGCAGUGGCAAGUUAGCUUCACGUUGGCCAGUUUUGACUCUGUUAAGGGGCCCAGGGAGUUGGGUCAAGGGCUGGACCAAGCAGCCAGACGCUGGCUGAAACCAGCGAGGAGAAGUGCAGAGGAUGUGGUGGGCCUCGUAGCCCUGCACAAGUUUGUGGACCUCCUGCCCACUGCUGCAAGGGACUGGGUGAUGCAGCGUCGACCCAAAGACAUGGAGCAGGCGAUUGGUCUCGCCGAGCAGUUCCUCGAAACCACUAGCAAGGAGUGGUGUAUGGAAACUGACAAGGAGGUGACCAAGGAACAGAACACGGCAGAAUCACCUGAAACCAGAUGUGCACCAGAGAUUAGAGUGAGUCAAGCCGUUUCUUUGGCGGGAAAGGAGAACCACACAACAGCACGGAUGGUGGCAGCGAAGGAUGAAACAACAUUAGUGUUCUGCCAGUCUGUCUCCUUCAACGUGAAUGCAGAGGCAGCGGGGGAGGUUGGCCGCGUGGUGGAGAAGGAGGAAGAGCAAGCAGGGAACGAGCCAGAGGGAUUGACCACAACGGUCAAGCAGGAGCCAAUGGAGGAGGAGUACUAUGGUACAGGAGCUGUGGCAGACUCCUCUUCCAUACAAGGAGGACACACUGAGGAACCGAGCAGUCCUCAUGCCCAACAUAUUGCCUCGUCCCCUCAAGGCCAGUCAUCAUCUACAAUGACCUUUAGAAGAAGACCACCAGCGAAGAGGCCUUCCACCAGCAAAGUAAAGAAAGUCUCCUCUAUGCGUGUGAAAGAAGCAGUGGCCACUACAGCCAUGAAGGACCAUUCAUGCUCUGACUGUGGAAAGAUAUUCACCACGUCGUUCCUCUUGAACAGACACAGGAAUGCCUGCCAUCCGCUGUUCGCUUGCCAGAUAUGCGAGGCGACCUUCAUCUCCAAGACUCUGCUGCUCCAACACGGCCGCAUCCACAGCAAGGUCCACAGAUGUCCCCACUGUGACAAGAUGUUCCGGGACAGGCAUUGUCUGCGCACACACUUGAUCGUACACAACGGGGAGCGUCCGUACCGGUGCCCGGCCCCGGACUGUGGGGCCACUUUCCAAGUGAAGGAUGCGCUUAUGCAGCACCGCAAUACCCACACGGGCGACAGGCCAUUCGUGUGCGAUGAGUGUGGCAAGGCCUUCAGCCACCGCCCUGGCCUUAGCCGACACCGGCAGUUCCACUCGGACCUCAGGCCGCACCUCUGCACUCUGUGUGGGAAGACCUUCAAGAUCAAAGACAUCCUGAGGAGGCACCAGCAACAGGUGCAUGCGAAGAGAAGAUGACUCACAAGAGUAGAGAUACACUGAAAGGAAAAUUUGUGGCCGAAACCGAAUAGGCUAUUACAGUUCCGUUAAAAGUUAUCAAAAGGUUUUUCACUAUUUUUAAAUAUUGCUUCGAUCUACGGCUUACAGUAACUGUUUAGACAUGUUUUUUAUUAAAGAAAAUAAAUGUUUAAUUUAAAUCUUCAAAUGUUACAGUAGAACUGAAAUGUGUUUUGUUGAAAUUGUCGGUGCACUUCUACACAAGAGUGUGAGUAUGUUGAAAUGGGAGCAAGGCUCUAGAUUAUCUUUUUUCAUCACAAGCUAAAAUGGCUUGUAGAUUGUACUUUUACUAGCCAAACAUGCACUCACUAAUGGGUCAAAGUGGCUAGUAAAGUUGGUCUUUUCUACCAGCCAAACUGAAAUUUCACCAGGAUUUGGCUGGUUGCCUGAUGUUAAUGUAGAGCCCUGAAUGGGACUAAGGAUUUUCAGCAGCAUCAUUAUCAACAUCUGGGCACCAACAGUUACAAGCUACAGUUUUGUUCUCUGGAGUAAUAUGCUGUGUUGUACAGUGUCCGUGUGCACCCCUGUGCCUGUCCCACUGGUGUUUAAUUAUUCUAGACUUACACUUUACUUUACGGAUCGCUAAUAAAGUGGUAA